AUGCCUUCGGUGCCGAUUCACCUUCCUUCGGCAACACCCUCUCGCGCCGAGAAUCCUCUUCCACAGCUCCUCCACACACCCUCUGGCCUAGCACUCAUAGAAAUUCAAGGCACAAUCCACUUCCCAACGCCUACAGAAUCCUCCGGGCCCUCUACACAAGUUGGAAAGCUCGUCUUUCCAUACUACAAUCCCAACAUCAACGAUCCGAGCGACACAAAAUGGAUGAAGCGCGUAUACAUGUACAUUGGCAAAGGCCAGCGCAUGACAGGCGAGUGCAAGAAGUUGCCCAAGCCAUAUGGGGUCAUGCGCAAGAAAGAAAAGACAGAUGUUGAAGAUGUAGCCAUGGGUGGCCUUGAACAAGAGGACGGUGCGAAGGAGGAAGAGCUGGAGAUUGUAGAGGUGGUGAGGUACAAGAUUGUGUUUUCUUCGCGACCGGAGCCGAUUAGUGGGGUUUCUGAGGUGGAAUGA